CAGCCCCAUGGGCUCUGCCGGGGUCCCCCUGCUGCUGCUGCUGCUGCUGCUGCUGGUGGGGUCGCUGUGCCGGAUCGCCGGAAGCGAACGGGGGAAGGAGCCCCCCGCCCAUUUCUUGUUCCAGUUUAAGUCCGAGUGCCACUUCCUGAACGGGACGCAGCGGGUGCGCUACCUGUACAGGCACUUCUACGACUGGCAGGAGACUGACCUCUUCGACAGCGACCUGGGCAAGUUCGUGGCCGUGACCGAGUUGGGGCAGCCCGAUGCCGACCCUUGGAACAGCAAUAAGGUCUACAUGCAGUACCUGAGGGCCGCUGUGGAUCGCUUCUGCCGGCAUAAUUACGGGGUGUACAACUACCAGGCGGCCAAGACAAGGCCCAAGCCCACCAUCACCAUCUCCCCCACCAAGGCGGACCCCGCGGACCCCAACACCAUCCUCCUCUGCACUGCGACGGGCUUUUACCCCCUGGAGAUCGACAUCCGGUGGCUGAAGAACGGGCGGCCGGAGAAGGAGGGCGUCGCCUUCGGGGAGGAGCUGCAGAAUGGAGACUGGACCUACCAGCGCCAGGUGAUGCUGGAGACCCGGCCCCAGCGGGGGGACGUCUACGCUUGCCAGGUGGGGCACGCCAGCCUGGAGGCCCCCAUCACCGUCCAGUGGGAGCCACGUUCCUCCAACUCUGCCAGGAGCAAACUCUGGACGGGGGCCGUGGGGGCUGUGCUGUGGGUGGCCUUCCUGGCUGUGGGGCUCUCCCUCUACCUGAAGAGCAAGAAAGGUGAGUCUUUGGGGCUGGAUAAGGAGAGAUGGGGAGGGGAUCAUGUAGGGGAGGCAUCUGAUCAAGAUGGCAUAGAAGGUCUUCCUGGACCGCCCCAGUCCCAAGGCUGGUGGCCCCACUGAGCCACCACAGAUCCUCCGAUGGCACCAAACAGCCAUAGAAAGAGGGAAAUCCUUGGGGGGAUCCCUUGAGGGCAUGAUCCUGAGUAAUCCGUUGCCCAGAUU